AUGGAUUUUGUGUCAAAGAACAAAAUGUCAUUUGUGAAUGGCACAAUUCCAGUACUAGAUGAAUCGGAUCAAAGGUAUGCAGCCUGGGAGAGGUGCAAUACCAUGGUGCUCUGGUGGUUGCAUCGUUCAAUCACAAGCUCUAUUUCACAAUCCAUAUUGUGGAUGGACUGUGCCUCUGAUGUGUGGAAAGACCUUAAGGAAAGGUUUUCGCAGUCAGAUAUAUUCAGAAUCUCUGAUCUACAAGAUGAGAUUUACAAGCUUUAUCAAGGAGAAAGCUCUGUUCUUGAUAGAGACUACUCAAUACGAUUCCUCAAGGGUCUCAAUGAGCAGUUCUCUAAUCUGAGGUCCCAAAUCAUGCUGAUGGAUCCACUUCCCUCCAUCAAUCGUGUGUUCUCUCUCAUUGUUCAACAGGAAAGGCAACUCCAAUUGGAAGGAAAUGUUCCUAACGUUGAAUCUCCCAAAGUAUUUUUUAAUUUCGUGGAGAAGUCUCAUAGUGGAAGGGGACGCUCUCAGUUUCAUGGCAGAGGAAUGAGCACCUAUAAUGGAAGGGGAAGAUCCAACAGAUCGAGGUUAUGUACCUAUUGUGGGAAAACUAGUCACACUGUGGACACUUGCUUUGAGAAGCAUGGGUAUCCACCUGGAUACAAGCAAAGGUAUCCUAAGCAAGCCAAUGCAGUCUUAAAUGAAAUAUUUCAUAAUGAAGUCAACACUGCACAUGCCGGUGCUGCACAUGCUGAUGUGAAAGAAAAUUUCACUAGAGAUCAGUAUCAAGCCAUAAUGGAGAUGAUACAACAUUCAAUGCAUAAGCAAUCAAAUCAUCAUGUCACUCAGUCUACACCUCACAUGCUAGCAACCUGGUUCGGACAAAAGCAAUGA